AUGAUGCUUGGCCUUGGUGACUAUGAGAGCAGCAGUGAGGAUGAGGUAGAGCAGAAGUGCCCUCCACCCAAUUCCCAGCGUAGCAAGGAUAUCCCACCUGCAGCCUCGCAAGCUGGCCAGGACAAAGAUCAUAAACCGUCCCAGCAACCAAAAGAGACACCCUUUCACAUUCCCACCGAAUCAGUUCCAGAAGGACCUGUUCUUGGCCCUGCUUCUAUGGACAUGGCGCCCCUCUCGGAGGACAAACAUUCGACAGGCGGACGCUUAUCUCCAUUUUCAGCUUCACGAGGACUCGUUCAAGACCUCACUCUCCCUCCAGUUCCCAAUCUAGACAUCCCGCCAUCACCUCCCGGGUCUCCCAACCCAGCCGCGAACGCGAAAUUCGAGCAUUUCCUCUCGCUCAAAAAGCAAGGUGUACACUUCAACUCAAAACUGGCUAGCUCAUCAUCGCUCAAAAAUCCAAGCUUGUUGAAGAAGAUGAUGGAGCAUGCUGGGAUCGAUGAGCAAUCGCAAUAUGACACAUCGCUGCCCGCCGACUUGUGGAAUACAUCUAAUCUACCAAAAUGGGGUUUCAAGGAAGAGCUCUUGAGAACCCAACAAGAUGUCCGUAAAAAAUCGGAGGAGAAACAAGCACCGGGCCAGCGAACCUCGGUUGACUUCGUCACCGGGUCUGCCUGA